GAUGUAAAUUUAACAUUUCCCAAAAUAGUGCCACCAAGACCCCAACGUAGAGUUCGACGAGCCUGUUUGUGCAGACAAUUUUUAUGUCAACAGUGGCACGCGUUCAUCGUGUUGAAGUAAAGCGUGCGCUAGCGUCACGUGGUGUUGUUUAAAUGCCGGAAUCUGAUUAUCGAAGAUAAAACUAAAAUUAAUAUGAUAGGUUCGAGAGGUCCGACUAUAGUGACCGUUCCGGUUCACGGUACCUCGAAGAGGAGUGGGAUAAAAUGCUGUUGCUGCCAGUGUUGCACGUGUAUAAAUUUGCAAUUUUUGAAAACCGGUCCUGGGAUAGUAAAAGCUUUGGAGGUGGGGUUGGGAUUCCUAUGUCAAAGUUUAUCAGUGCGAUACGGAUAUGAGUACUCCGGAACAAUUGGACUGUCUUUGCAGUCGUUUCUUGCAGUGGCGUCCUGGUGUUUUAUGACUACGUUGUUAUUGCUGAUGUGCUACGUUUUCUCUUCUAGAUCUAUUCAUUUGAUAAAAUCGUCUUUAUUUGAAAUAGUUUUUAAUACGAUAGCCGCAUUUAGUUACCUGACAUCUGGUUCCUAUCUAGGAUAUAUAGUAAAUUUAGUUCUAGAGCCAAUUUACGCGAUAACACCACAUUACGGAGUGUAUCCAGCUAUGAGCGCAUCAUACAUGAUCGGUUCUGUUUUGGGAAUCAUAUAUGCAUACGAUGCGUACAACUCUUACAAAUAUUUUAAAGCAUUUUCACCGAUUAGGAACUGAUUAGGCGAUUAUUAUAUUA